CGUCCUUUCGAAUUCAACAUUAUCUCUUAAAGACUUUCCUCAGCUUUAUCAUUUUUCUGUGCUCUUGCAUCGAUGGCAGAUAAUCAUCCCAAGGAUGAGGCUUCUCUCUCAGCCAUCAUCCAGAAUGCUUCAUCUGUGAAACAAAAUGAAAUUUUCUUUUGUGACCCACUCUUGAGCCCUGGGAGUUGCUUUCUCCUCCCACACGGCACUCUUGUAUAUAACAAGUUGAUUGAAUUCAUUAAGAAAGAAUAUUGGAAAAGGGGUUACGAAGAGGUUAUUUCACCGAAUAUUUACAACAUGAAACUCUGGGAAACAUCAGAACAUGCUGCAAGCUAUAAGGAAAAUAUGUUCACAUUUGAUAUUGAUAAACAAGAAUUCGGGCUCAAAUCUAUCAAUGGCCCUGGUCACUGCUUGAUGUUCAAACACAGAGUUCGGUCCUAUAAAGAAUUACCCAUUAGACUGGCUGACUUUGGAGUGUUACAUCGAAAUGAGGCAAGUGCAGCUCUUAGUAGUCUGACCCAUACCCGACGGUUCCAGCAGGAUGAUGCACACAUAUUCUGUACAAAGGAACAGGUUGUAAAGGAAAUCAAAGAUGUAUUGGAUUUUGUGGACUAUGUUUACACAAAAUUUGGCUUUACCUAUGAGCUACAGCUCUCAACGAGGCCAGAGGAAAACACUAAAGAUUUGCAAAGAUGGGAGGAAGCUGAAAAAGAUCUUACAGAAGCACUACAAGAAUUUGGAAAGCCAUUCAUAGUGAACAGAGGUGAGGGUACAUUAUGUGGCCCAAAGAUAGAUAUAACAUUGUCUGAUGCAAUAAAAAGGACGUUCCAAUGUGCUACUUUACAGCUUGAUUUUCAACUUCCGGCACUCUUCGAACUGGAAUAUACUACAAAGGUUGAAGGGAAUUUGGAGACACCUGUUAUGAUACAUAGAACGGUGUUGGGAUCUAUUGAGCGUAUGCUUUCCAUAUUGUUAGACCACUACCAAAGAAAAUGGCCUUUCUGGCUUAGUCCGAGGCAGGUCAUAGUUUGCUCUUCGUCAAACAAUGAGAAUCAUCGUUCCUACGCAGAACAGGUGAGGAACCAAAUUCAUGAAGCUGGCUACAAUGUUGACGUUGACACAACAGACAGAAACAUCUCGGAGAAGGUGGGAGAAGCUGAGAUCGCGCAGUACAACUACAUACUAGUUGUGGGUGAUGAAGAAGUUGCAACCAGACAGGUGACUGCUCUGCUACGAGACUCAAGCUAUUCAGGCCGUUCAAAAUUCCCAGUGAUGAAUAUUGACGCUCUUCUCGAUGAGUUCAAGCUCAGGAUUGUCAAAUUUCUUUAAAAUUCAAUGGCUAAAUUUUAUUAGUUUGUUGAUUUCUUUAUUGGUUGAUGUCUUUUACAGUGAAAACCUCUUUAAAUUUGUUAUG